GGGAGGAUCCAGGACGGCUGCCAGCUGGUGACAGAAGCAAUGAUCCACUGACACACACAGAUACACACACUCACUCAGAGACACACACACACAGCCAGCAGAGAGACACGCAGGACGAAAAGACAGUAAACUCACCGCAGACAUGGCUCAGUUUUCAGACCUGGAGAAUGCCAUCGGCACACUGGUCAAUCAGUUCCACGGUGCUUCAGGGAGCAGCAGUCCAACGCUGAAAGCUGACGAGUUCAAGAGCCUUCUGUCCAGCCAGAUGCCCAACAUGGCCAAGUCGUUCCUCUCAGAGCAGGGCAUGGGUGACAUCAUGAAGAAGAUGGGCGUAAAGGACGGCGAGGGAAUCUCUUUCAAGCACUUCUGGAGCUUGAUCCAGACAGUAGCCACGAGCCAGCACAGCCUCCUCGCAGGCCAGGGGGGCUGCAAAUGCAUCCUCCUGUGAAGAGCCGCGCUAAGAGCGACACAUCCACCGCCUGGAGUCUUAACUAAACACAGUAACACAAUGUUCAUAAGCCCCCUCAUCAGGUGUCAGACAGAAUAAAAAAGGUGUAGUCUGCACACAGGACGCACCCCCAAAAAAUCAGGACCAAAAAACUACAUUAUCACUUCUUCUUCCACUACAUGUCCCAGCAUCCUUUGCACCAGUUAAAGGUACAAUCAGGCGAUUUUGCAUCGUCAGAGUCAACAAAUUCAGAUACUACUCGUGGAUCCAACGAGCAAUCGGUUUGCAAAACACGCAUUUUAAAUUUAACUGGUGCAAAAAUCAGGAGGCAUUACCCGAGUAAAAGUCACGCUCCUGCAAUCACUCCAAGUAUUUCUUCUGUUUCCCUUGUAUGAAUGUGACUCAUGGAGCCUUUCAAUGGGUUGUGUUUUUACUUCAUGAACAUGAGGAUAAACUGCUCGAUGAUACGGUAUUCAGUACAUUUUCUAAAAGCUCAAACAACAGCGUUAACACGGCCUCAGAUUAGAGAUGACACAUCACUCCACUGUUUCAAAAAAAGGGAACAAGAACGAGGUCUAAGGUGCAUUUUUUUCUCACUUUUCUGGCAACAGUCAUCUCAUUAGUUAACCCCUCGAUUGCCAAGCAUUUCGUUUACAGACAGCAAUGUAGUGUAACUAUACUUGUGAGUGAAAUCUGAUUGUAUGAGUGAUGCAUGUAAAGAGAAGUGAUCUCGUCCUGUGUGCAGAGCAGACUCACAGUUUACACACAAAGCGCUCAACCUCGUCUCAGUGUGUAGGUCAAAAACUCAUCUCAACUCCUCCUCGUAUGUCACCAUCAAAACACUUUGGAUACUUUCUAAAUGUUGGAAUAUUUUACUUUGCAACCACCUGGAGAAACAUCUCAAAAUGUGCUUAUUUCUCCCUUUGUUUUAUCAGUAAUGCUUUACCUUCUGUGAUCCUGCGUUUUCUAUGUAUUUAUGUUUUAUAAUUCCCCGUGUUCUGACCUGUGUGACGCCGAUGUAAUAAAAGAAAUCACCACCAAGA